AUGUUCUUCCUCCACGAAAUGGAACGAGUCGUAAACCUCCACCCCUCCUACUUUGACAAGGACACACACAAAUACAUCACCGACACACUCUACCAAGACGUCGAAGGCACAAACACUGGAAACUUCUACAUUGUGUGUGUCGUUUCCGUCCUGGACAUCUCUGAACCUCGCGUGUUGCCGGGCUCGGGUUUCGCAGAGUUUACAAUCAUGUUUCAGGCAGUGGUUUGGAGACCGUUUAAAGGAGAGGUUUGCGAUGGUAUGGUGAGCAGUGUGGUCAGUAAUGGCUUUUUUGUGGAUGUGGGACCUUUGAAUGUUUUUGUUAGCAAGGCUAUGAUUCCUAGCGAUAUCAAGUUUGAUGGAAAUGCGACGCCGCCACAGUUUACGGAUAAUGCGGAUCAGGUCAUUGAGAGGGGUACUCAUAUUCGUGUCAAGAUCAAGGGUAUCAGAGGUGAGGUUGGCCAGAUGUACGCCAUCGCUACCAUCAAGGAGGAUUACCUUGGCCCGCUCCUCGAGACUUGA